GUGGGGCUUAAAAUGCAUAUUUUGAGGGCAACUACCCGGAUUCACCGCAGAUAAACGAAGGAAAGGAGCUUACGCAGUGGAAGACACUACUACAUGCCACAUAAGAUAAAGGGAAAAUUAGAGGCAGGAUGGUGGUAGGACCUGAAGAAUGGGGCCGAGGCUUAGGGCCUGAGCGAAACAGCGGAAAGGAGAGGCGUCGCCCUUUCUUUGAGCCGGGGAAUCAAACAGAAACGUGCACACCCUGAGCACUGCAGCCGGGCUCCUCGAACCGCGUGCCUUUCCCUCGCCCCUGCCUUGGGGGCGAGGAAGAACCCGGAUGGAACCUCCCCUGCAGCCGGGACCCCCUCCUCCCGUCUUUGAAUCGCUGCGCGGGGCGGAGUUGCUCACCCUGCUGUGCUCUACUUGGUUGGUCUCCGUAGGCCCCUCCUCGGGAUUGGACGUUCCGGGUGCCAGUCACAAAGCGUCGCUGGCCUCUCACAUUACUGCUGGAAGGAGACUACGUCGACGUCUGGCUCGGCUCGCGGCGUCUUACCUUGCAGAAGCUCGCUCUUGCUUCGGCCCUCGGAACCUGUCCCAGGCUUUUCGGCCCCGAGGCCUGGAAGGAGGCUUAUCCAGGCGGCUCGAGAACGAUCCCGGGCUCCUAAGUUCCUCUCGUCACCCGCUCAGCGCCAUGUCCUGGAUCCAGUUCAAGAGAGAUCCUGUUUGGAAGUACUUGCAGACUGUCCAGUACGGAGUCCAUGGAAAUUUUCCACGCCUCUCAUAUCCAACUUUCUUUCCUCGUUUUGAAUUCCAAGAUAUUAUUCCUCCAGAUGAUUUCCUAACGAGCGAUGAAGAGCUAGAUUCAGUUUUAUUUGGAACUUUGAGAGGUCAUGUAGUUGGACUACGCUAUUACACAGGAGUAGUUAAUAAUAAUGAAAUGGUUGCAUUACAACGAGAUCCUGAUAACCCUUAUGAUAAGAAUGCAAUUAAAGUAAACAAUGUGAAUGGAAAUCAGGUCGGCCAUAUAAAGAAAGAUCUUGCAGCUGCCUUGGCCUAUAUCAUGGACAACAAAUUGGCUCAAGUUGAAGGGGUAGUUCCUUUUGGUGCAAACAAUGCUUUUACCAUGCCUUUGCAUAUGACUUUUUGGGGAAAAGAAGAAAAUAGAAAAGCAGUUUUAGAUCAGUUGAAGAAACAUGGAUUUAAAUUGGGUCCUGCACCAAAAACUUUAGGAUUCAGUUUGGAAAGUGGUUGGGGCUCUGGAAGAGCGGGACCAAGCUAUAGUAUGCCAGUUCAUGCUGCAGUACAGAUGACAACUGAACAGCUUAAGACAGAGUUUGACAAAUUGUUUGAAGAUUUAAAGGAAGAUGAUAAAACUCAGGAAAUGGAACCAGCUGAGGCUAUUGAAACACCGUUGCUUCCACAUCAAAAACAAGCUCUAGCUUGGAUGGUUUCACGGGAAAACAGUAAAGAACUUCCACCAUUCUGGGAACAGCGAAGUGACUUAUACUAUAACACAAUAACAAAUUUUUCUGAAAAGGACCGACCAGAAAAUGUUCAUGGAGGAAUUUUAGCUGAUGACAUGGGUUUGGGCAAAACUCUGACAGCCAUUGCAGUGAUUCUUACCAACUUCCAUGAUGGCAAAUCUCUUCCUAUUGAAAGAAUUAAGAAAAAUCAGCUGAAGAAGGAAUGUAAUGUUUACGAUGAAUCUAUGAAACUUGGAGGGAACAAUACCAGUGAAAAGGCAGAUGGACUAAUCAAAGGAUCUAGAUGUAGUGGAGAACCCAGUAUUUCAGAUGUCAAGGGAAAGAAUAAAUAUCCCAAGUCAGAAUUCUCUAGCUCCCGCCCCAAAAGGAGAAAAACUGCAGUACAGUACACUGAAAGCAGCGAUUCAGAGGAAACUGAAACAAAUGAAUUGCCACAGAAAUUGAAAGGCAAACUGAAAAAUACACAGUCAGAGACUAAAAUCAGAGAAAAAGCAGGAUCAUCUAAGGUUAAAGAAGAUGCAGAGUUUGCAUGUGCACUUACUUCAUCUACCCCUGCAACCAAAAAGAAAAUGUUGAAAAAGAGAGCAUCUGCAGUGGAGAGUUCAAAGAAAACUGAUAUUGAAGAGAGACCAAGAACAACACUGAUCAUCUGUCCACUUUCUGUGUUAAGCAACUGGAUUGACCAGUUUGGACAACAUAUAAAAUCAGAUGUGCACUUGAAUUUUUAUGUUUAUUAUGGUCCUGAUCGUGUUAGAGACCCAGCCUUGCUUUCGAAACAGGAUAUUGUUUUGACUACAUAUAAUAUUUUAACUCAUGACUAUGGAACUAAAGCUGAUAGUCCGCUACAUAGCAUAAGGUGGCUAAGAGUGAUCCUGGAUGAAGGACAUGCCAUACGAAAUCCAAAUGCUCAGCAGACAAAAGCUGUACUUGAUUUAGAAGCAGAAAGAAGAUGGGUAUUGACAGGCACUCCAAUUCAGAAUUCUUUAAAGGACUUGUGGUCUCUUCUUUCCUUCUUAAAACUUAAACCAUUUCUUGAUAGAGAAUGGUGGCAUAGAACAAUACAGCGUCCUGUCACAAUGGGAGAUGAAGGAGGACUUAGGCGUUUACAGUCCCUAAUUAAAAAUAUUACACUUAGAAGAACAAAGACAAGCAAAAUUAGAGGAAAACCUGUUUUGGAGUUACCAGAACGUAAAGUAUUUAUUCAGCACAUUACACUUUCAGAUGAAGAGAGGAAGAUUUACCAGUCUGUGAAAAAUGAAGGCAGAGCUACUAUUGGAAGGUAUUUUAAUGAAGGGACUGUCCUUGCACACUAUGCGGAUGUCCUGGGUCUUUUGCUUAGAUUGCGGCAGAUUUGUUGUCACACUCACCUUCUCACAAACGCGGUGUCUCCCAGUGGUCCCUCAGGAAAUGAUACACCUGAAGAACUACGAAAGAAGUUAAUAAGGAAGAUGAAGUUAAUUCUGAGCUCAGGUUCUGAUGAAGAAUGUGCAAUUUGCUUGGAUUCUUUAACGGUUCCUGUCAUAACACAUUGUGCACACGUCUUCUGUAAACCCUGCAUUUGCCAAGUCAUUCAGAAUGAGCAGCCACAUGCUAAAUGCCCUUUAUGCAGAAAUGAUAUACAUGGAGACAAUUUAUUAGAAUGUCCUCCAGAAGAAUUGGCAUGUGACACGGAGAAAAAGCCUAAUAUGGAAUGGACAUCCAGUUCGAAGAUUAACGCUCUAAUGCAUGCAUUGAUUGAUUUAAGAAAGAAGAACCCCAACAUAAAAAGUUUAGUUGUUUCUCAGUUUACAACAUUUCUGUCUUUAAUAGAAACACCACUCAGAGCCUCUGGAUUUGUGUUCACUCGUUUGGAUGGUUCUAUGGCCCAAAAGAAAAGAGUUGAAUCAAUUCAGUGUUUUCAAAACACUGAAGCAGGAUCUCCAACUAUAAUGCUUCUGUCCUUAAAAGCAGGUGGAGUUGGUCUGAAUCUUUCUGCAGCUUCUCGAGUAUUUUUAAUGGAUCCAGCCUGGAAUCCAGCUGCUGAAGAUCAGUGCUUUGACAGAUGCCAUAGACUUGGCCAGAAGCAAGAAGUUAUCAUCACGAAAUUCAUUGUGAAGGAUUCUGUUGAAGAAAAUAUGCUGAAAAUACAAAACACAAAGAGAGAACUUGCAGCUGGAGCCUUUGGAACUAAAAAAGCAGAUGCUAGUGAAAUGAAACAAGCUAAAAUUAAUGAAAUCAGAACUUUAAUUGAUUUAUAAUUUGUGGGAUUUGGUAAGGUCAGUUUAAUUAGAUAAUAUACAGAAGUUUUGGAAAUGCGAAAAAUAGUUUUAGAAAUGAGGUCUAGAGUAUAUCUUCUAAAAGGAGUAUAUCAUUUUAUAUUAGUGAAGAGGUAUUACUAAUACAUAAUCUCCUUCUAUAUAUGAACCUAUUUUUAAUGAUAUUUCAAACAGCAAUAAGUUCUGUUAUAUAUGUGGCCUAAAAUAAUUUUUUGAGACAAAAAGUUACUUUUAUUCAACUUUUCAUAUUAUCUAUGCUGAGUAUUUUCAUAUAUCUUCCAAGUACUCAGCUUUUUCAUAUUUCAAAUAAGGUUAAACCUUUUAUACUUUUGACCAAAUAGUUAUUUUCUAUGUUGGACACAUUUGGUUUUUCACCAAAGUCUCCCAUUUGUGAUGCUGUGGAUCACAGUCCAUGUAAACGAUUGAUAUGUGCACAGGCUAUACAAGAGAUUGAUUUUAUUGGACCUUCAAAAACCAUAUUUGCAUUCCAGAACCUAAAUGAGAGACCAAAGUCCAGGUUAGCAAGUUACUUGGUUUUUUUGUUUGUUUGUUUGGCUUUGUUCAUGUAUGUGUACGUAUGUGUUUUGUUUUUGUUUGUUUGUUUUACAGUGUCAUUGAGAUAAAAUUCACAUCAUGACUUGCAGUUUUAUGUUCAUGAAAAAAAUUGGGGAUUGCAUUAGAGCACUAUUUUCUCUGUUUUAGUCAGGUGGUACCAUUCUUUUUGUUUAAAUGUAACUUGAUGUGUUAGUGUGUAAAUACAGUCUGUGGGGGUGAGAAGGAACCAGUUCUGCCCAAUUUGAUUUGAAUAUUUAAAUUAUGGAAUUGCUGAAUAGAUAUUUCUAUAUAUAGAUAAUUCUUAUUUAUGUAGUUUUAAAAAAAUAACUAUAAAUUUUUAUAAUUCAGAAGACUACUUAUAUGUGAGAGGCAUGAUAAUCUGGAUGGAAGUUGGGCUGGAUGACCUCCAAAAUUGUUUCAACUUGUAAAGACAUCUUAAUCCCUGAAUGGAAAAUUUUCUUUGUUAUUUGUGUUUAGAAUCAGAAUUUGAUUUUGGAACUUCAGUAAUUCACCCUUACAUCUAUCUGUAGAACUAGUCAUCUUUUUCCUACUUUUGUUAAUAAUCAAACUCACGGUAGUUGCCACAGAAUCCUGGAUGACUCUUUUAGUCACAUUUAAAACAGACUAUAAAUUUAUCAGUCAGGUUAGGUAGUCAGUCUUAUUUUUUUCCUUAAGGGAAUGUUUUUUUUUUAAUCCAAAGAAAGAAGAAAUGAAUUACUAUAAUAGGAGAAGCUUCAUGUUUGAUGAUACAAGUUUAAGAACCUUAUAUUUUACUUACAGUGUUGGAAGUGACUUGACUGAAAGAUAAGAGGAGAUUGGAGGCAGCGUUGCAUUCUAGGGCACACAUCUUAGAUUUAGCACACACCU